CCCCGUGUCCCCCCGGGGGUUCUGUGCCCUCGAAGCGAUGCACGGGGGAGGGCUCGGCAGGGAAGGGCAUUUUCCGGGAGCCGUCCGUGUCCCGUCAGCCGCGCACAGGGAGGACCGGCGGUCCCGAGCCUGCCUGCGCCCCGUCCGUGCUUACUGAAAAGGGUGGGAAUGCAGCUGGCACACAUCUUAUUUUCCUUCUGCUUAAAGUAGCCACCAGGUCUCCCGACUUUAGUUUGCUAAUCCAGUGCAGUUUCUGCGUAUUUGGUAAUCCUCUGAGAGCUUCUCUUUUAUGAACUUUCUGUGUCACUUUGACGCAUUGUGAAAUUCGCUUUUGAGGUAUCGGGGCACAAAUCUAGACAUUUAGUAGCUUUCCAGUCUAUCAGAUCAGGAUUUCUCUACGUCCAGGCAGUGGUUGCAGCCCCUUCCAGGUGAUUUCCAUUACGGCUGCGCACCGCUGGCCAGCUUUCCUCGGUGUGUGCUACCAGCGCCAUGGAUGAUGAGCUGCUUGUCUCAGAGACUGUCCUGGGCAGCUUGGAAAAAACACAGCCAGCCAGACUUAACUCCAUUUCGUGCUCUCUGUCUUUGGUCAAGGUUACUCUUAGAAUAAGAUCUUUAAUGAAGUUGCACAUGUGUUUUUUAUAUUCUUGGUAAAAGAUCAAAAGGGCUAACACUGUCUUCAUCUUCCUCCUUCCCAGUGAUGAACAGCAUGGCUUUCCACCUGUAUUUCUAUUCCAUGGCCUUUGAGCAAUCUUUCCUAUUGUUUUCUUAUCACCGGUUCUCCACAUGGUCAUAACUACAGGUGAAAUAAAUGUACUGGGGACUCUUAAUUUUUCCAUAGUGUUUCUUCUAACAUUGAGUAUUUUUUUCCUCUGUUUUAGAAUUUGGCUAUAUAAAAAUAGACUUUUCAUACAUGACCGCCAGAAACUAUUGUUAAAUACAUACAACGUUCUUGUGUGGACAAGACCUCAGAGUCUCCUAUGCUGCUCUUAUCUCUCUUAGUUUAUUUAUCGUUUUCUUUAGAGAGCGUUCACUCUGCAGUGAUGACAUCUGCCUGAACAGUGCACCAGCCAAUAAGAGAAAUUGAGCUGUGCCCAGGGGAAGGAACUAAGGAGUCUGCAGGCACCUCCACCCCCUUCAUCCUACCUGCUGCACUGCAGGCCACAUGGUGUAAUUCCUCACCUCAUUUUUCCUGGUUUUUGGGUGCAUCUGGCCCUAUAGGGACCAGUAGCAUUCAAAUUUGCCGUUUUACCCUAUGAACACAGCCCUGCCUGUUCCUCUUCCCCUCUACCUGAGGAAGCUUACCUCCUUUUCUGGUGUUUUCCUUUAAAUGAGCUUUGAUUUCACCAUGAGCCUUACUUUUCUAAGCCUUAUGUAGUAUUCUUGAGCUGUUCCUGGAGACCUGAUUUCCCUCUGUGUGGUUUUCAGAGUGCAUCUGUGUGAGGACAGAGCAUGGUCUGCAUGUGGAGGGACCCGUGGUCUGGGCCAAGCAGGGACUGGUCACCUGGAGCCUCAGGGGCCUUGGGAAUUAAGAGUGUAAAGAUUCCCUGAGUGCCAGAGGCACUGUGGGUUUCUGUGCUUCUUCCCAUCCUCCCACAGAACUCCCAGGGUUUCUUCUGGACUUGAGAGCAGUGAACUUUCUGGAAGGGAUAAUGAAGGGAUUUCAAACAGUAGAACUUUAUCCCUUGUACACAUAAACUCACUUUAAGGGUUUUCUGAUGUAGUUCUUAAGCAUGAGAAUGUCUUGAUGCUAAUAACUUGAGUCAGUAUGUGCAUUCAGGAAAAUAUAUUGAAUUUUGGAGGCAUUUGUAAGGUGUGUGUAAUAUUUCUACCAUAUGUCCUGAGUUACUUCUCCUUGCAAAACUUCACAGUUAAUUACUUCUGGGUUCCUAAGGCUUUAAUUUACAAGCCAAAAGGAAAGUUAUAAAAAAACCUAAAAAUCAUUAAUAGAUAAAAGAUGUCUAUGGGCAGUAUGCUUUUUUAUCUUCUGAAACAAUGGCAAAUUCUUCAUCACCAACUUCAUCUGUGAAGAUUUCAUUUCACAGUCAUGGAUUUAGUCCUUGCUAAUGCCAGUAUGGGCUCAGUGAACAGAAAAUCAAAAAAUUUCAACUUUUGACUUAAAAACCAGAACUUUGCACCUGUUUCGAUUCCUUAGUGUCAAAGCAUAGAUGUGUUCUUGCUUAGGGGGUAAUAGCAAACCAGAUUACUGUAUGUAUCAUUCAAUAAUAAAAAUAAUGUUGUGAGUUAAGGAGUGAUUGUAAAUUUCUACCAUGUCCUAACAAAAAUAAAUUGUUGUACAGGACCUAAAAUGGGUCAUAGUGAUGUGUCUUGUUAGAGCAUUGUGGCUAAAAACUGUGUUACCUGUCUGGACAUACAGUGAUUUUUAUCAUAAAUGAUUUAAAUACUAUAUAAUGUAGUAAUGUAAAUAUUCUUAAAGCAUUUGUGUUUUGUUCAACGAAAAACUAGGGGAAAAUACUGAUUUUGAUUUUACCAGGUAGCGUGACUCCAGAAUUCUCUUGUGUGAGGCUGAUGCCGUAGGCGAGUCUUUGGGCUGUGAACAAUUCCCUGUUUGGGCAGCCUGGCCUGAGCAGCCAGCAAGUCAAUAAAUGAUACUCUGGAAAGGCCAAGUUUUGCAAACAAGAACUUUCCUUAGAAAAUGGAUGAUGAUGAUGACAUUCCUCAGCUUUCAUCCCAUACGUUGGCUGCCCUCCAGGAGUUCUAUUUGGAACAGCAGCAGAGAGAGGGCAUGAAGACCUCCCAAGGGUUUAAUCAAUAUUCCAUUGGCUCAAUAGAAGAAGACUGGCAACUGAGCCAGUUCUGGUACAGUGAUGAAACUGCAUCGUGCCUGGCUAAGGAAGCAGUCCUGGCAGCUGGAAAGGGUGGCAGGAUAGCAUGUGUUAGUGCACCAAGUGUGUACCAGAAACUGAAAGAACAGGAUGGUGAAGAUUUUUCUGCGUGCAUUCUGGAGUAUGACAGAAGGUUUUCUGUGUAUGGAGAAGAAUUUAUCUUCUACGAUUACAACCACCCUUUGGACUUACCUGAAAAUCUGCUGCCACACAGUUUUGACAUCGUAAUAGCAGAUCCACCCUAUCUGUCUGAGGAAUGUCUUCAAAAGACUGCAGAGACCAUCAAAUAUCUAACAAAAGGAAAGGUUCUGCUUUGCACAGGUGCAGUCAUGGAGGAACAGGCAGCAAAGCAUCUUGGUGUGAAGAUGUGCAAGUUUAUUCCAAAACACUCACGAAAUUUAGCCAAUGAAUUUCGAUGUUACGUGAACUAUGCUUCUGGGCUGGAUUGAUUCUCCUAAGAUCAUCUACAAAUCUAUAUCUUUUUUAGUCAGGCUUCUUUCUUUUUUUAUCAGUUGUGCCUCAUUUCUCAGGGCUGAAAUAUUACGAGUACUGUUUUCGGAUAGCUGGAAUCAACAUGGUGUGGUAGCCUCUCUCUUUUAAAUGAGUCGGCAUUUGCAGUUACUGUGGUUUGUAUGAGGUAAAUGCAGACCAAGCAAUGCAGGUGCUGGAUAAUGGGAACUUCUCUGUUAGAGUUUCGUUUUAACUGGUAGCUUUUACCAUUUAAGGACACAUCAGUGACCUCUCUGAAGUGAUUUCAGCUUGUAACAACACGUGGGUGUUUGCCUUGCAGGCAUCAGAAUCAUCAUUGCCAAAGAACUUGAUAUUUCUGUAGUAAUGUGACCCAUACAUGUCCCUUAAAUCUUAAAUCAUAAUGGCUCUGAUUAAAUAUAGUAUAUGCUUUAUAAUAAUUUCAAUAUCAAACUAAAGAGGAUCUAUGGAUAUGUCAAGUUUAUAGUUAAAAGAAUGGUUAUGGUUUUUUUUCCAGUUGCCUGGUUUUAUCUUUUCCUCCUGUUUCACAGACAGCAGAACAACAGUAGAAUAGAAGCAUCUUAAAAAUCUUUGAAUCUUACAUGCCCACUGAGGAAUAACAUUGAUAAACUCCACUGUUUCAUAUAGAAAAAUGUUAGAUUUUAUAUUCAAGGUUUGUACUAUAUUUAAGUCAAAAUAGAUGAUACAUUAGAAAAUCUUUGCUUUGCAUAAGUAGAGAUUUUUGAUAACUGGGAAUUUUAAAGCCAAUUUUUGACUAACUACACUACUGAAGUAUUUUUGUGUGGAAGUUAGUUCACAAAUUUCAAGGCACUCAACACUUUUAUAAAUCUCUAAAAACGCUCUACAAAACACAAGCACUUGCCUUUGUCAUACUGUAUAAAGGUUAACAGAAAUCCUGAAUCUACAAAAUGAAUCAUGUAAAAUCAAGUACUAAAUUUAUUUUGUGGUGGGAAGAAACCUAAUUAAGCUUGUAAGGCAGUGAUAAUAUCACGUUUCUGCUGUUUGGAUGCAGAUUUUCCCAUCUCAUGGAAUAUCAGCUGAGCAGGAAUAAUAUAGAUGGAUUAUAAUCCUCUCUCAGUGCUCAGAGAAUGGUGCUAUCUGAGCUGGGCACAACAGUGGUUCAUAAAUAACCACCCAAGCCACUGUAGCUCUCCUCUCCAUUUUCCAAGAGAUAUGUUUGCUUCCUAAGGCUUUUCCCCCACAUUUUGUAUCUGCGGUUUCUUCCCUGCAUGUAGUGUUCCUGGGUUCCAUGGUAACAGUUUCCUUGCUCUUUUACACCACUUGGAUUCUGUCAGACUGGUCACAGGUGUUAUUAAAUCGAGGGAAUUGCAGCAGAGGAAGCGCUCACAGGGAGAACAGGCAGCAGUCUCUCCUUUCUGCUCUGUGAGCCCAGGGCCCAUAGUCUUACCUUUCAAACAAGAUGCCGUCCUUGCUGCUGAGCCAGAAUUCCCCUGGAAGUGACUGUCCACAGGUGAAAUACAGCUGGGUUUUGUUGUUUUCUGGGAGGCUACAUCAUCACUUUUAUGUGGCCAGUUUCGACAUAAAGCAGACCAAAAUGGUAACUGCAUAGCUGUUGGCACUAACCUGUGCUUUAAACUGGUUUAUUACCUCAGUGUCUUGCACACCAAGCAGGUGGAGACAAUGAAGUAACUCAUGGAACUCUGUUUUUAACUACAUAGAGGCUUCAAGUGGACAGAUUCAUCAUUCAUGAUUGCCAGAAGGGAUGAUACUAUUCCCCUGCCACCCACCUAAAGUAGAAUGUGCUGUUCAAAUCAAAUAAUUUUGGUAAAUUAUUGGGCUCUCCAUAGCAGAGUUAAAAGUCAACUUUGCUAACUUCAUCAGAGAUAUUUCUUAAAACGAUAAAAAUGCAUUCAGUUUUACCAAGAAGUUCACUUCCAAGAAAAUCACUACUGCUUCUCACAUACGGGUCAGACAGCUUUGAAAAGGGGCACUGUGAAGAUGCAGUUAUGGAACUGAGGGUACAUGAAAAUCUGUGCAGACACACUCAACACAGCAGCCCAUUGUCCACCAUCUUCCCUCUCGAAAGCCUGGGGAGUGCAGGCAGCUGCCCAAGCAGAGCUUGACUAGUAGCAUUUACAGCCUUCAUCAGUGAUGGGAGAUAAACUAUUUUUGUCAUACUUGAUUCCAAGGAGAUAGCUGUUCCUGAGAAGGGUACAGGUCACAAAAAUCCGUAGUAAAUUUUUAUUUUGUGCCAACGUGAUAACUUCAAGAAAUAGUAUGUGACAGCAAAACCUUCUUUUCUUCUGUAACAGAUUGUGAAUAAAAAUACCAGUGUCAAGUA